AAAUAUUUUGUAGUCUUUUCGCCCUUGUAUUCCCCCACAUAGAAUUUCAAGCUUACUGUCUUUGUUCUCGUUGAUUACAAUGUGGCUUUCAUUCGGUUUAGGUUUUUCAUUUGACUCGAACGUACAUAGRCAGUUCGCAUCUCUUGUGCCUUGGUUAGUGAUUGUCUCGGCCAAGCAAUCCGAGAAUAAAAGGACAUGGAACAAAUCGAAGAUCAUACGCAAGUAACCGAAAUUGAAAACGGCAAUGCAAUAAGCCAGAGUCAAGGAAAUGCUGCUAUUCAGCAAAACUCUUCGCAAGGGAUGCAAGGACAAUCAGUUAUACAACAGAAUCAGCAAUCAGUCAUUCAAAGUCCUCAAUCUGUGCAUGGUAUUCCAUCAACAAUUCAGGCCCAACUACAGAUGAACCCACAAGGUGUCCCUGAAUCAGAGGAAGCGUCGAUGGACGAUGAUAGUAAGAAGCGAAGAGAUAUUCUCUCAAGAAGGCCAUCUUACAGAAAAAUUUUUAACGACCUUUCAAAUUCAGAUAGCCCAAAUAAAAUCGAGACAAUCCAAGAAGAURGCUUGGAAGGUUCUGAUCAAAGUAUAUCUACGACAGCGAUCAGUUACCAACAGGGUUCUCAAACUGUGACAAUCCCUGGAACAAUUCAGAUUGUUACAAGUGGUGGUGAAGCCGUUCAAGGUCUCCAGGCUAUGCCCAUUUCAAGUGCUACAGGACAAGCAACAGUUGUACAAUAUCAGUCUCAGCAGGACGGCCAGCAAUACAUUUACACAGCAACUCCAGGAGAGGUACAGGUUCAAGUAAGCAAUACUGGUGCUACUAUGUAUACAAUACCAGCUGGUCAACAACAAUAUAUUAGAGCAGGCCAGAUUCAACCGGGUUUAGUACUCAAUCAAAGUGGAAURUCUCCAAAUAACCAACAGGUUGUAGCAGAGGAGGCUACCAGAAAAAGAGAAACGCGACUUAUGAAAAACAGGGAAGCUGCAAAAGAAUGCAGGAGAAAGAAAAAAGAAUAUGUGAAAUGUCUGGAAAACAGGGUAGCUGUCCUCGAAAACCAGAAUAAGACUUUGAUAGAAGAACUCAAAGCUCUCAAGGAUCUUUAUUGUCAUAAGUCAGAAUAGCAUGAAAUUAGAUUGUUUKGCUAAAUUAAUGUCGCACAGGGUCACUCUUGUUUUAUAUAAGUUUCACUAUUUAUAAAGGCUUUGUUUCAGCGGAGCAGCAAUCCAUAGUCUUUAAGACAUAUAUUGCCUAAAGUUUUUACUUGUAUUCUAUGAUGAUUUUGGAACUUUUAUGUUUUCUAACAAAAGAUUUGAACAACAGCUAACUAGUAUAUAUAUAACCAUGCAUAWAUUUUGUACAUAUUAAAUUGCAAAGUGAAAUAUUAUUGUUUUUCGCUUGAGUAUCAAGUAGCCAAAUAUUAACUCUUUGUUUUACUGAUACAAGGUCUACUUAAAUGCAAAUAGUAUAGUUUAAGUAAAAAAAAAAAAAAUGCUCCACAGAUUUUAGAGUUAUGGGGUAAAAAUGUGAUUUUGUUUAAUCAAAAUAACAGUUCAUUAUUAUGGAAAGUCCAGUCUUUGGYCUGAUUUGAUCCUAAGUUUGAUCUUUGUAUGCAUUUUUAUGUUUACUGUAGCACACAUUGAUUCAAUUGUGAUAGAUAUAGGACUUCCUUUUAUUGUAUCYAAAAAGAUUUAUUGUUUUUUUGAGAGCAUAGCAUUGAGAGCAAUUUAAUGUGGUAAUUAACAUUAAAACUGUUUCUUGUGUAAUCAAUAUUGCAUGUAUAUUUUGGCCAUAACACAUACAGCUAGGUAUAUUUUUUAUUGGAGGGGGCAUCAUCGAUAAAAAAUUGAACUUUUGUUGAGACCUGUGUUACUAGGUUUAAACCUUUUUAUUUUGAGUAGUAAUUAGAGCUAGUCCCUUCUUGUCUUACAUUGCUGCACCUCAAACCGUGAACACCAAACAAAAGUUUUUGACAAAUUUUAAUUGAUCUCUUUACCGCUAACCGAAUUUGUUUUGGCGCUUCACUUUAAUGUUUCGAUAUUGUUACAUUCUGCACCACGAACUCUGCCUAUCCAAACAUCAAGGUGAAGCACUGAUGCCUAAUUGGUUAACGGUAAAAAGCACAGUUAAAACUUGUCAAAAAAAUCUAAAACUUGUAGAAGUGUUCAAGKUACGGCUCUUAGCACUGUAAUAGGAGGGUCAUAAACUUCCAAGUAGUGAGUGAAAGGRAAAGAWGUACAACAAUUUUUWAAAAAGUUUACUGCAAAUUUACUUCACCYCUAAUAAAAUUACCUUCUCUAAGURCUUAUAACAAA